UGCCUGAAGUACCACCAAAGGAAGCCAUCCCAGAAAAGAAAGUGCCAGUGACUCCUCCCAAAAAGCCAGAAGUUCCACCUCCCAAAGUUCUUGACGUUCCUAAAGAAGUUAUAAUCGAAAAGAAAGUAUCUGGGGCAGAACCCAAAGAACCAAAAGUCUCACCUGUGAAAGUGCCAGAAGUUGCUCAAGAAGUUGUUCCAGAGAAGAAAAUUCCUGAAGCACUGCCCAAAAAACCAGAAGCCUCAUCCAUCACAG